AUGAACAACCAAGAAGCUGUAAAUGAAUCCAAAGCGCCCCUUCUUCCUCUUGAAGAUCCAGUUAUACACAAGUCGCGAAGCUUCAGAACCACCGCACGCUCCAUUUUCACGCCGAGCAAUUUUUUCAUUCUGUUGGGACCUCUGUUAUGUGGUCUUAUCUGCGCGUUUGUGAAGCUGGACGGGUCCGCCGCCGCCGCCGUCACUAGCCGGAAUAUGCUGGCGGUUAUGGUGUGGGUCUUCGCUUGGUGGAUGACGCAGGCGGUGCCGAUGCCGGUCACCUCCAUGUCGCCGCUCUUCCUCUUCCCUCUUUUUGGGAUCGCCACGGCGGAUGAGGUGGCGCAGUCGUACAUGGAUGACGUAAUUGCCCUGGUUCUUGGCAGUUUCAUUCUGGCACUCGCCGUGGAGCACUAUAACAUUCACCGGAGAUUAGCUUUGAAUAUAACGCUUAUGUUCAGCGGGGAUCCGCUGAACCCGCCGUUGCUCCUCCUGGGAAUAUGCGGGACCACGUUCUUUGUGAGCAUGUGGAUGCACAACGUGGCGGCGGCGAUGCUGAUGAUGCCGGUGGCGACGGGCGUUUUGCAGCGGCUGCCGGCGGAUCUUGGGCAGUCGAGCCUGGUGACUAAGUUCUGCAAAGCUGUUGUUCUGGGAGUUACGUACUCGGCGGCGGUGGGCGGGAUAAGCACGCUUACAGGGACGGGCGUGAACCUUAUAUUGGUGGGGAUGUGGAAGAGCUAUUUUCCCCAGGCUGAUCCUAUUACCUUCAGUACUUGGUUGUUCUUUGGCUUCCCUUUGGCUAUUGUAAUCUUCAUUGCCCUCUGGAUAAUUCUUUGCCUCAUGUACUGCAAAAAGGGAUCAAGCCGAGCUCUUUCUGCCUAUAUGGAUAGAUCCCAUUUGAGAAGGGAGCUUGAUUUGCUAGGUCCAAUGUCUUUUGCUGAAAAGAUGGUUAUAGUGAUAUUCUCUAUGCUAGUAGUACUGUGGAUGACAAGGAGCAUAACUGAUGAUAUUCCUGGAUGGGGUGUUCUCUUCGGUGACCGUGCCGGCGAUGGAACCGUUAGCGUGUUGAUGGCAACUUUAUUGUUCAUAAUUCCAAACAAGAAGCAGGAAGGGGAGAAGCUGAUGGAUUGGAACAAAUGCAAGAAGCUGCCAUGGAACAUUAUACUGUUGUUAGGGGCAGGGUUUGCAAUAGCAGAUGGGGUGAGGACAAGUGGGCUAGCAGAUGUGCUGUCAAAGGGCUUAGAUUUCUUGCAAAAUGCCCCAUACUUAGCCAUAGCCCCAGCUGUUUGCAUAGUGAGUGGGAUAAUCACAGAGUUUACCUCCAACAAUGCCACAGCCACCCUGCUGAUUCCCCUGUUGAUUCAAGUUGCCCAGACAAUGAAUGUUCAUCCCCUCCUGUUAAUAGUGCCGGGCUCGGUCGGCGCCCAGUUCUCGUACCUGCUGCCCACCGGAACGCCGUCCAACAUCGUCGGAUUCUCCACCGGACAUCUUGAGGUCAGUGACAUGAUCAAGACAGGGCUGCCCUUGAAGAUUGCUGGAAUUGCUGCACUCUCCUUUCUCAUGCCUACUCUUGGGGUUAUUGUUUUCGGGACAGACAAGGAAGUGGUGCAAAACCUUUCAAAGAAUUAUUUGCAUCUUUGUAGAUCAUGAGUCCAUGACCUAAGGACAUAGCCAAUUGUUGCAUUGCCUUAAGUGGUCUAUAUAUAUAUAUAUAUAUAUGUAUUCAAUGUAUAAAGAACUUUGUAGUUGUGGGAGACACCAGUUUCCAUAUGAAGGUUGAUCCACAACAAUGUUCAAA